UUCAUUGAAAAAUAAUUAUCGAUCAAUUGGUGUAUUAGAACUUUUUUUUUUGAACAUGAUGAAACAAAUAUAGACAAAUAGUGUGAUGAUUUCAUAAUGCUAUAAAUAGUUCACUUGAAAUUCAUUUCUGGUUUCUAAUAAAUUUUCACAACAACAACAAGUCAAAUGAGGUCAACAACAAUCGACCGGUCUUUUUGGUGAAACUUGAAAUUUGUUGAAACGAUGAAGAAGAAGAAGAAGAAAAUUUAUUUGAAAAUAAAUUGUUUGUUCCCGUUUUUUGAGAUUGAUAAAAAGAGAGAGAGAGAGAGAUAGAAUGUGCAUAAAUAAUUAGCGUUGAAAGAAAUUGUUGAAAAUUAUACUGGUUCUUCGUCUUUUUCUUAGUAUACCGUUAUAUUUGAACUUUUGAUGAUCAAGGUAUAUUGUAGUUGAUGGUAGAUGAGAACAAGAGAAAGAGAGAGAGAGAGGAAAUGAGUAAAUUCCAAGGUUUAAAAAUAUCUAGUUCAAUGAUAUUUUUAGAGAAUGUAGAAGAUGGUCAUCGAUGAUCUCAUCAUUUAUAUUUGGUCAUUUCAUUCGGUCAGUUCGAUUUGUAAACAUUCGAUUCUAUUUCGACCAUAUUUUUUUUUCCUUCUGGUGUUUGUGUGCCUGUGUCUGUGUGUGUGUGUGUGUGUGUGUGUGUGUGUGUUGAUGUACGGAACCAGAGAUUAAAUAAUCAACAAUAGCUGGGAAAAACAUGGAUCCAAAAUCCACCAUCAUUUUAUUAUUGGUUACUGUUUCGGCCAUCGAAUGUAUGGAAACGGAAAUCGAUUCUAAUCGUACACUAUCAUAUAGUCGUUCAUCACGUCAUGCAAAAUCAUUUCGAAUGGAAAAAGAAAAAGCAUUGGCAACGAAUGAAGUGUCACAAUUUUUGAAUACAAAAAAUAUUGUUAAAACAAUUGUGAAACUGGUAUUUGGUUCAUCGGAAGAAAGUACGGCAACAUCAAGACAAGUGUUGAAUUUAUUGGUCAAAGUAUUGGAUAUGGUUAAAACAAAUUUCGCUCAACGACGUAAUGGCCGUUCAUUGUUGAAUGAUGAACGUGGUCUUAAAGAUUCAUUGGAUGAUGCAGCCAUUGCUGGCAUAUCGAUGAUGAAAGGUUUUGUACGAUCAUUAUUAUCUAAUGAUCCAAAAUGUAUUCAAAGACAUAUAUGUGAUGCUGCUACGAAUGCGGCACAAGAAUCACGUGAACUUGGUUCAGUUAUAUCACAGAUUGGAGGGUAUGCAUCAAGUUACGUAUUGGACAGUCAAAAAAUGUCACCAUUCAAUUCAAAUUAUAAUGCUGCACGUGUUGGUCGUGGUGGCGGUGAUUGCCGUAAAAUGUAUAGCUGUAAUGAAUCUGAAAUUUAAAAAAAAAAUCAAAUCAUGAAAAACGAUUUUUAAAUUUCAAUUUUUAGUAUA